AUUUGAAGUAUUGAGACAAAUGGGGAAGUACUAAACUUAUGUCUGCCAAGAAACGAAAUCGCUCAAAAGCAGAGGAUGAAGGGUUCGAGCCUGGAAGUUGGGAGUGCACUGUAUGUACAUUCCGAAAUCGACAUGAGGCGUUCAAAUGCGAAAUGUGCGAUACAAGGAAAGGGACAUCGACAAGAAAGCCACGUUUGAAUCAAAAUGUUGUGCAGCAUCAUACAGUUGUGCAGAAUUUUGUUGUUCAACAAAGUCUUGCCGAGAAACCGAAAAGAAGGGUUGGACGGCCAACGGCAGACUCACCAAGCACUUCCCGGCAUUCUCCAGAAAGCACUUCAUCCGGUUCUGGUGUUACAAAGUCUACAGUCAUCUCUAGAGCAAAUAGCAAACGGGUAAUAUCAUUGCGUGAUUCACUAAUUAUCAGAUCCUCAGCAAAAAAACACAUCGUUACCGUCAAGGGUAUACCUGCUUGCAUUAUAGAGUAUAAAAAACGUGAAGAUGACAAGAAGUUAUUAGAAAAACGUGCUUCGCCGAAGCAAGCAUGUCUGAGGAAAGAUUAGUUGCAUAACUGGCGAAGUAAUAGAAAACUGUUUAUUCGCAUGUGAAGUUUCGAUUCCGAAUUAUUCCGUACCAACGUUCGAAGUGGUGAAAAUGAAUGUAUGGGAAGUUGGUGUUAAUGAGAAUUCUCGCUUCUGGCCUUUCUAACAGAUUUCUGGAUUCUCCAUGAAAAUUCGAUCUAACUCUUAUUUCUUGUACAAAAAUUAGUUUAUUAUUUGUGGAGUUAUCUCCAAUAUUUUAUAUUAACAUUGUAUUUCAUU